AACCUCAGAACCUUUAAGAGAUUGGUAGUAAAUUAUAUUAAUUAUGAGCUUCCUGUCCAUGUCUGCAUUUCAAAGCAUUUAAUUUAAAGGGCACAAUAAGCUCUCUUGCUCCUACCUUUUAUAAUUUGGCCCUGUUUCUACAGUACCUACCUAUUUAUGAAAUGCACAUGAUGGAAUAAUUGAGUGUCUAGCCAAUUCAUUAUGUGAUAAUCUCUUCUUAAAUCCUUCCUCAGUCCUAAAACCUUGCACUUCCCUCAGGACUGUUUGGAUCUCUUACUGGUGCCCAGUAUCUUUUUUUUUUCCUUUUAGUCACUGGUGAAAAAUAACAUGUCUGGUUGUUUUUGAGGGUGCAGUGUGAUUCUGCAGCCCCAAAUUAGGUUGAUAAACAACACAGAGGAUCAGGUGAUGCAUGCAGUUCUCCAGCUCUAUAUUUAAACCCAUAAAUGGGACUGGAACAGGGCGCGAUACUCUGGUGGGUGAAAAUGGAGAGGGUGGUGCCUCUGCAUUAUAAGUUUGGUAAUUUAAAUGAAAAAUUAGCCAAACAGGUUGUUCGAAGUGCCUGUUAAGUAACACUGCCCUGUCUGGUAAAACAAUGAGCCGCAGGGUACUUGAAUAGCUUGUGAUGGAAUGGUGAGGUUUCCAUGCCUACUGUCUGACAUCUCUUUUUCUGUUGAGAAAAUAUCAAAUCCCUGAUUUCAUGUUUUCAGCUCAAAACUCCUAGAAUGAUGUGGUGAGUGACCAUUUUGCAUGAGUGCUGUAUCCAUGAUGUCUAACUUGACAUGUCCUGCCCCACAGACCUGAGGACUCAGUUCUGGAGGAGAAUAGCUUCUCGCAGAGGGUCCAGUGGAGCUCGAAAGGUUGGCUCGCCAGAGGCGGCCGGCUCCUCGGGCACCUCUCAGACCAUGAAGAAGACCAUCGGUCACCGGGGGGUUGACCCCACCGGAGAGACCACCUACAAGAAGACAACUUCUUCUGCCCUGAAAGGUGCCAUCCAGCUUGGCAUCACUCACACGGUGGGGUCUCUGAGCCAGAAAGCAGAGAGGGACGUUCUCAUGCAGGACUUUGUGGUGGUGGAGAGCAUAUUCUUCCCAAGUGAGGGCAGUAACCUGACGCCAGCGCACCACUACAGCGAUUUCAGGUUCAAGACCUACGCCCCCAUCGCUUUCCGCUAUUUCCGAGAACUCUUUGGAAUCCGGCCAGAUGACUACCUGUAUUCCCUGUGUAAUGAGUCCUUAAUUGAGCUGUCGAACUCUGGUGCGAGUGGCUCCAUCUUCUACGUCUCCAGCGAUGAUGAGUUUAUCAUCAAGACAGUGCAGCACAAGGAGGCUGAGUUCCUGCAGAAACUGCUGCCUGGAUACUUCAUGAACCUGAACCAAAACAAGCGCACACUCCUUCCCAAAUUUUACGGACUGUACUGCGUGCAAGCCGGAGGCAAGAACAUCCGCAUCGUGGUGAUGAACAACCUGCUGCCCAGCGCGGUGCCGAUGCACCUGAAGUACGACCUGAAGGGCUCCACCUACAAGCGGCGCGCGUCGCCCAAGGAGCGCGAGAAGAAAAUCCCCACCUUCAAGGACCUGGACUUCAUCCAGGACCUGCCCGAGGGCCUGCUGCUGGAGCCCGAGAACUACAACGCCCUGAGCAAGACCAUCCAGAGGGACUGCCUGCUGCUGCAGAGCUUCAAGAUCAUGGACUACAGCUUGCUGAUGGGAAUCCACAACCUGGACCAGGCGUGCCGCGAGCGUGCCAACGAGGGCGUGGGCACCGAGGCGGCCAUGACGCCCGACCAGAGGAGGCCUCAGGCCCAGAAAGCCCUGUACAGCACCGCCAUGGAGUCCAUCCAGGGGGAGGCGCGGGGCAAGGGAGCGCUGGACUCCGAGCAGGACCAGGACUACUUGGGCGGGAUUCCAGCACGCAAUGGCAAGGGCGAUAGAAUGCUGGUGUACAUCGGCAUCAUCGACAUCCUGCAGUCAUACAGGUUCGUAAAGAAGUUGGAGCACUCGUGGAAGGCCCUGGUUCACGAUGGGGACACGGUGUCAGUGCACAGGCCCGGAUUCUAUGCAGACCGCUUCCAGCAGUUCAUGUGCAGCACGGUCUUUAAGAAGAUCCCACUGAAGUCCUCCCCCUCUAAGAAGAGCCGGGGCGGGGGUCAGGGCGGCCCUCGGAGGACCGGCACGGCCGUGGGGCCGCAGCCCCAAGCCGCCGGGAUGCUGGCGGAGCCCCGGCUGGUCUACCACUCCCACUUCACCCAGGCCGAGGCGGAGGGGGAGAGCGGUAUGCAGUCGGGCCGUCCAGAUCUUCUUCCAAGGACUCCUCCCCUGGAAGGUGUCACCAGCGACUCUGUGGAAACCACACUCUCCACCUCCUCCCUGGGAAGCACAGGCCCCGCCUCCACCUCUCCCCCCCUCAGGGCAGUAGGAGUGGAGGUGCACAAGUCAGCCAGCACAGAUCAAGAACACAGCACCCCCCACAGCGUUGAAGCUACCUCUGAAGAGCUCUCAAACAGCGAUGAUGCCGCUUCACUCAAGGGCAAUGUUCCCGAGACCAACAUGUGACCGAGUGCUUCGUUGUUAACCAUAAACACAAAGAAAAAGAGAACUGGUCAUGUAAAGGGAGAAAUCUCAGAGAGUGAAGAUUGAAUGGAGGGUGAGAGAACUUGCAGGAAAAAGGCCCCUUCCUCUUUUUCUCAAGGGAGUUUAUUUGGGGAAGCGCUCCUGAAUGGACAGUGGGGGAACAUGGAAGAAUGGAGUGCGUGUGCUGAACAGGAGGAGGUUGGGCUAUCUCCGGGCUAGUCUUGCCCAACACGGGUGUUGCUGCUAGUAAAUCCAACUGCGACUACAUUACAGGUGCUGUGUUACCGAACUGACUUCAGAUGCCCGAGUCCCAGUGUCACAACGGCCCCGUGGCCUCAAACAGGGCCACGCGAUGUUAAGAAAGUGAGUACAAGCUGCCCUGUCCCAGCCACAGGAUGGAUACGGACUCUGUAUGAGAAUUGAGUCUUUGGUUGACAGAUGGGAAGUAGAGGUGAUGGUUCUGGACCUCUCCCAUUGCAGGGUGAAAGAAAGCUGUGUGGCAGGGGGAAUACCCUGGUCCUCAGCAGUGUGCUUUACCGCUGGACUUUCUGUGGAGCGCUUACACUUAAAGGGGAAUCACGUGUGUUCAAAAAAUAAAGAAAGGUCUUUGAUGGUUUAAAAAAAAAAGACUGAAUUGACUGGCAUAAGAAACAAAUUGGCAAUUAUUUUUAAGAAAGUGAAAUUCAACUACGAAUAAUGUCUUGCUCCCAUGUUUCAAUUAUGUAUAGUUGGUCAUGUCUGUGUAAGGACUGCUGUUGUUCUUUUUUGUAUUUGAUUGUACUGUCCCUGUACUAUUCCUGCUCUAUAAUGUCACACUGGUACAGUGUGGUAGGCUACAAUACUGCCCACUGCUCACGGUGAACUGUGCUUAGGAAAUGGGACAGUUUGGCUGGAAUUAGUCAUUCUCUACUCUUUACGACAGUAAGAUUUCCUACAUGUUCUCAUGGCAUCGCCUUCCAUUGAAACAAGGUGUAUUAUUUUUCUGGGAUGUUUAAUUUUACAUUGUCAUUAUGAUUUGUUUUGCAUUGUCUUAUUGCUUCUCUUUUUUUUUUUUUUUUUUCCUCUCCCAAUAAUGCUUUUUUAAACGGACUGAAUGAAAUGAGGCCAGCGUAGUCUAGUGUGCGAGUGGCGCAGCUCUGCUUCCCUGUUUGUGUCUUUAUUCUGCAGUUUGCCUCUUGCCUCACCCCAUGUGGCAGUGGGGGGAACACAGAGGCUGAAAUGAAGCGACAAACCAAAGCGUCACUGACCUUUUCAUUUCCUGGACAUUGAUAUACUGACCUGUGGUGCCUGGUGUGUAGAGCUUUGGUGGAACAGGAGCAUCAGUGUGACUGAGACGGACCGGUGCAGUGCGUGCGUUUGUCUGUCUUCAUUCGUGUAAACCGUGCCUUGCGUGCGUGUGUGUGCGUGCGCGCCCGCGCGCGUCUGUCCUUUCCGAGUAGCCAGUCGGCUCGAAUGGCUCGCCUGCCCGUGCUCGUUCAGAUCCCCGUCCGUCUGAGUGUUGGCUGUGUUGGAGCCCUGCUGGCUGCUCCUGCUCCCAAUGCCGGUUCACAGGGACGGGGCAGCUGAGGAGCAGAGAUUUUCAUACGGUGCGGUUGGAGCGUACGCACCAUUGCACCGCCCAUGUAGGGGAACGUGAGGAUCGUUAUGCACGUGGACCCUAAAGUGCUUACGUUGGCAUCACUGCCUUUUUCCCCCCACUUUUCUUUUUUGCAACCGCAGUGUCUUCUGUCGACAGUACAUUCAGUCAGUAUAGCUAGAGAUCUUCAAAUGGACCAACUAAUCUCCGCUCUAUUGGGGGGGGGGAAAUGUUUUUAAAUGAUGGUUUUAUGUCAUUUUUUGGGGAUUUUUUUUGUGUGAUCAAUCUUGUAAAUUGCUGCCCUCCUCUUUAAGCAGUCGACGCAAUACUGCCUGACGUGUUACCCCAAUAUUAAAGUAGUGGUCACUGGGUGUGAAUAAAACUGGUAGUGAUGCUAUCUGUGCUUCCAUUGGGAGAUGAACAAAAAUGAGGGUUAGGGUUAGGAGAACGUUUGAGAGUUCCUGCAGCAUCUGCGUUUGAGUCCUGGGGUUUCACGGACGUGCAGGCCGGAGCUUAAGAAGGGAGUGCUCCACGCCGCUCCACACGGAGCACGCACUGCUGCGUAAAGUAUGAGUGGACGGUGAAGGUGAAGACCGGCCUUGAAUUGUGCUUGCGCCGGUGAACUGGGCAGGGGUUUUGUACAAAGGGGCUGGCUAAGUCAACGCACUGUGUGUUUGUUCCAUGUAUGAACAGGACCAUGUACAGGAUAUUACAUUUAACUGGAUCUGCACACAGUAGACAUGCAGUCUAUUCAAUAUGAAUGCUUUUGAAGCAGGAGCACAGUAGAGGGAGGUAAAGCAUCCCGCAAUGUGUUCACAUUUUCUGUGCGUUUUGAGAUCAAUGUGCAAGUUACAAAUCCUUGGAGAAUAUUACUAUGUCCAUAAUUAAUUCAUAUUGCUUAAUAGUUGAGGCAUGUGUGGCUUCCUUCUAGCCUCAGAACCAUGAGCUGCACAUUACCGGUUCAGCACCUGAGUUGUAAUAUGGACUAUGUUUAUUUCUACGUGGGCUGUGUGGUUUCAAACCUGAGAUGUCAGACAACUUCUAGCAAGGGCAUCAGACAUAUUUGGAAAUGCCUUUGAAGUCUGUGCAAUGAAGUCACGGUUUCUCUGGGACUGACGGGGCUUAAAAAUGCACGUUAUAACUUUGAGGUGCACACGAAGGCCUGGGAUCAGCCUGGUAAAUUUACCAGGAAACAAUUGCGCCUGCGGCUUUCUGUUGCGUUGUUUCCAAUUAUUUUACAUUAUGCAUUUAUUCUUGCUGCUUAUUCUUUCUCCCGGCUAAUAAGGUUUCAGUUGUCUGCUGUUUAAGGUCUGGAGAUGGCUGUGAUAUGGGCAGUCUCGGCAUAUUCAUUACUUUUCAGGCUGACGAUGAGAGACUGGAUCCUAUGAAACAUUUCAUUUCCCUCUCUGUAGAUGUGUGUUGUCAGCUCUAGCAGGUGCUCUAUGAAGCAUUUAUUUCUGACAUAUGAAUUCUACAAGCAGUUAAGGGGGGGCUAUUGAUAACCAAAUGCAGUCAUUAAAGAAAGUAUAGACUUGGGCAACUCAUUGGCUUGUUCUGGUAUAUGUGUGUGCCACAGUGCUAGCUCAUUUUUACAAUAUUUUUAUUAAAUCAUUUCUGCUGUAAUCAUUUCUACCCCCAUGUAUCGACAUUUUAAAAAGUGCGGGACCCAGGAUUCCCAGUGUUCAUUGCCAAAGGCACCUGUCAUAAUCUAUCAUUUCACCUGUUGAUUUAAAAUCUGUGCUUUUUUUUUUUUUUUUUUUAAUGCAAAAACCAAAUCACACCUUUCAUAUGUGGGGCUUGUAUUUGUGAUAAUGUUACCAAUGUAAUUUGCAUUCUGACAAUGUCAGUCCAAAGCUUUUGUUUGGUCCAUCUGGUAUUAUGCUCGAUAGGGUAAAAUUUUGUGUAAAUUUACCCAACAAACUCUCAGAAAAGAUGCUUUAUAUGCAAGUGUAAUUGCAUGAUUUUCAUGAUUGCAUAUGAUUUUCUCAAUCACUACAUCGAGUCUAGUUCCUACAUCUGUAUUGCAGUGUAAACUGCUUUCUGCCAUCUAAAAAGCUACACAGAUAGAAAUCAAGGAUUAUAUUUAUAUACCUUUUUUAAAUUUUUUUUUUUUACCUUUUUGUCAUUUAUGGUUAUUACUGAAGUAUAUAUAUAUCUUAGAUGACUGUAUUAUUUAUGAUGUAUUCUGCCAGAAAUUAUUUCUGAUACUGAAGUCAGUACUGAAGGGGAGUCAUUGGCAAUUCAGCCUUUUAAUUUGUAUUUUUUGAGGGUUUUUACACAUCUUUUAUAGGUAUUCUUGGCUAAAGAGUGUUCUCCCCUUCCUUUUCUGUCAGUAUGUCACAAUCAGACAUAUUUCCAUCUACACUGUUAUGUGCUGAUUGCAGUCUGCUUCGGUGAUUAUAUUUUUACCCUGCCUGUAUAAACUAUAUGUAUAUAGGAGUCACGGAAAUGCCUUUUCUUGCUGUUGCAAUUACUUGUCUUUACUGCCAUGUUUUUAGUGAUGUGGUGGUGGUGGUAUUUUUCAUACUCAUUUUCAUUUUAAAUAAAGAGGAAAAAGUAUUUUCAUGUGAAUGUCAUUGCAGGGUAAUGGGAUAUAUAUUUUAAAAGGUAAAGUUUUAUUUAUUCAAUAAAUCAUCAAAAUAACUAAGCAUGAUUGUAUUACUGUAACAAUUAAAAUGUACCAUUUUGAGUACUACAACUAAGGAAAUUUUUCAUAGUAUUUUUGUUAAGGAUAUUUUUGUUGUAGCUGAAGUCUUUCCUGUAAGCAAAAUAUAAUAAAAUAUUGUGUUGGGAUUUUUUA